AUGCCCUCCUAUCACCGGCAAUCCUUCCUCCUCCUCCUUCUCCUCGUCGUCGCAUCCCCCUCGCUCCAUCUCUUCACCUCCACAGCAUUGGUCUGCCACGCCACUCGCAUCAUCACUAGCCCAACCACCACCAUUACGUCAGGAAACGUUUCUUCCCAUCUGCUUCCGCUUGCGGCCGCCGCCGGCUCCGGCGGCGGCGGCGGCGGCGGCGGCGGAGGCGUUGGCGGCGGUGGGCGGCGACAGCUGGGCGUGUGCAAGUACGAGGAGGGGCGGUGGGAGCCGCAGGCGAAGGCACAGAUGCGGUACCACUCCAACUACUGCUCGCUGCUGCGGCUCAUCCCAUCCGCUCCGGUUCCCCCUGUUUCUCCACACUGCCUGCACGGCUUGCCGCCGCGCCAUGUGGACGUGCGUGCAUGUGUGUGUGCGCGCAGAGUGGUGGCGUCGGUGGGCGACUCCCUGUCGUACGAGAAUUUCAUGCCCUCCAUCGUCUGCCAGCUGAACGAGGUGGCGAAGGUGGAGACAGCGGACGAGCUGCUGGGGAAGCUGGCGGGGAGGGGGCUGCUGGUACCGACGCACAUCAUGCGCGUGCGCGCGUACAACGUCACGCUCGUCAACGUCUGGAGCACCUUCCUCAAUUACUACCUGCAUGAUGACCAGGCCCUGCGCAAGUACAACGGGGGGGUGAAGCCGACAGCGGAGGACGCAGUGGUGGACGUGACGCGGCUGGACAGCACGUGGGCGGACCACGUGGGGCAGUACGACGUGCUGGUGCUGCAGUCCGCUGCUCACUGGCGCGCCAAGCCCACCAAGUGGCGCCGCUACUUUGUGGACGGCGCGGGCGUGCGGCAGUGGCCCGAGAAGAAAUACACCAAGGCGUUCUUCACCGGUAUGAAGACGGUGGCUGACUUCCUGACAGCGCGCAAGGCCAAGGGCGCAAGCAAGCCGCUCUCCUACUUCCUCUCCGCGCCUGCCGCCAUUGACGGGUGCGGCAAGUACCGAGGCGCGCUGGGACAGAGCCAAGCGGACACCAUGGUGGCAAAGAACCGCCAGGCGAUGGUGUUCCUACCAGCGCAGCUGCGAGCGUUCCGCAAGGCGCCGGUGAAGAUCAUCCAGGUCACGCGCUCCACCAUCUACCGCCCUGACGCGCUCGUGGGGGCGUCCGGGAACGAUGACUGUGUGCACUGGUGCCUGCCCGGUGUGCCCGACUCGUGGACUGACAUGUUCUACGAGCAGCUCCGCGCUCACAUGGGCUUCUAG